AGAUUUCUUCUAGUAGUAAAAAUCUCUCACGCUGGUUUCUUUCCUCUCACUAAAAACCGAUCCGAUUGAAAAAAGGAAACAGCACCCUCCAUACCCUCGUUGUUUCAUCGUCGUCUCGCUAGGUUUCUCACACCCCGAGUUCUCAUCCUCGCCGCCGCCGAUUCUCGCUGCCAAGACCCGCUAACUAGCCUCCUCGGCGCUCCCUUCGCCUUCUUCCCCGCACCACCCUCCACCCCGCCGCCACAUCUCCUUCGCCGCCGCUCCGUCCUCCCGCGGGCGUCACCUCUCCGUCCUUCCUCCGGCGCCGCGGGCGCGCGGCUCUCCAUCGUCGUCCCUCGCUGCCGUGCCUCCCCUGCAUCUCCGUCGCUGCCUCGGUGAACUGCACGUGGAAACGAGAGGAAUGACGGGUCGCGGGGCCACAACGCGUUACCUCACCGCCGCUGAUAAUGGUGAUGAGCUCAACAGCAGCAUCGUUGUUGGUAAAUACCAUCGGCACUUACAGUCUACUCCACCUACAAAGAGCUAUGGCAAGGGCACUGGAGCAGCAUUCACUAAAGAGCUAGGCUAUUUUAACACAGGCAAACAUGUUUCCCAAAUGAAAGAUCGGAAAAGAGCAACAAACCCCGUGAAUCAUCAACCAAAAAGGCGUAAAGUUUGUCAAAAUAUUUCUGAGGAGAAACAUUUAGAUAUGGAUGAUAGUAAGUUAGAUUUGAAGUUCUGUACAGGAAGUCGAAAGAAAAAAAACUUUGUUGAGCCAAAGGACUUGUCCCAUAAACUACAGAGAGAAGAUCUUACUUUUGGGAGUUCAACCAAGAGAUGGUACCAUUCCAAGAAUCAGACCUACCAAUAUGAGAGGUUAAAUACAGGAAACGAGAAUAAGGAAUUAGUUUUCUUCAGUGACGAAGAUACAAAACUCGCUAAAUCUGUUGAUGUCAAGGUGGCUAAUAAACGGCAAAUUGGUAACACAAUAAGGAUGUUACAACAGAUGAUUCUAAGCAGGGCAAGGAGAAGGUGACUAUAAAAAAAGAACAAGGAGAAGGUGGUCUCGAAAAAGAAGAAGCUAGAGAACACUGAGCUUUAUUAUCGAUUUACAUAACAUAGAGGAAGGUGAAGAAGCAGGACUUUAAGAUGUUAUACUUGGUUAAUUUUUGCAUAAGCAACAAAUAUUUGAAACAGACACUGUGACCAGAAUUACGACAACAUCGGUGUUCAUCUUGUUAAACAUGAA